UCAGGCUGAAAAGCAGUGUUUUAGUGCCCUUUCUGGUUGUAAUUUCAAAUAUGUUGAACAUCUGUUGGGUAUGGUCAGAAGUCUGCUUUGUUCACCUGUAACCACACCUAAAAAACAAUAGUCUCACAUUGUACUGACAUGCCCCAGACAUGCUUAUACAUCACUGCAGCAAGCUGAGAAGUUAAAAUACUGGAGUCUGCGUGAAUGGAGGCUGAGGGCAGGGCCGGUGCCAGUGUUAAAUGAACGGACAGGUGAGCGGCGCCUGGGUCCUCUGUGACCAGCUGGGCACUGUAAGCUGACCGCUGCUGUUGUGUGUGGUCUGAAUGGAGCUGUGAGACGAUGGGGUUGAGGUCAGGCAUGGAGAACCCCAGAGGAACCCCUCUCUCUCUCAGGACUCAGCUGCAUAUCUUACACUCCAUCUGUUUGUCUUUUAUGAAGGGGCAAGUCAGGGACACUUCACCUGAGCUGCUGGGAAGAAGAGCAUGUUAAUGGAGGUGAAGAGAUUAAGAAAAGUGUAUGUUAGAAGAUAAAAAUUGUUUAAAUAAACACAAGCUUCUCCUAUAUAGUAGCUCUCUCCACAUCCCUCCAUCCCACCCUCAUCCCCUCUCUGUUUCCCAAAUUUCAUUUCCCUUCUUCCUGCUAACUCAUAGCUGGUCAUAGAUCCCUCAGAGGACGUGAGGUCUUUGACAACUGAGGCAUGUCCACUGCUCAAGCAUUCAUUGUCACUAGCAAGUUGAGAGUUUCGACUAGACAGCUACCAGAAAAUCACUUUUCUACAAAAACCCAAUGCUAUCUUGUUACACCAUAAGAAUGAAUCAUUGUCCAGCCACACAGUAUGAAUCAUAGUUAGCAAAUGUAGCUGCCAGCAGUCUUGGGGGCUCAUGUGCAGAAAGUCGGUCACAGUGAUCAGGCAAGCAUUGCAACUGCACUGAUUUGAGGGAGAUAAGCUGGUUCCUUUGACAAACAGCUCAGGUUUAGCAACUGUUGAGUGAGUAGAUUAUCAGUGCUCUUUAAGCUAAACCUUUCUUCUGGAUGUUUACCAAGUACCAGUAUAUUGUAAACACUCAGCUCCCUGUGCUGCGCGCUAGUUUGCAGAUCUUGUAGUAAGUCAUUUUAUAUUAAUUGCUGCAGAUAUUGUCAUCUGGGUGUACUCUCAAAUCGUCAACUUGCAAGAUUCUGAGUGGCACUAUCCAUGUAAAAAGAUCUGUAAAAAUGGUUUGCACCUUCCUGCUUGCAGCUACUUGCAGCACAGAAUACUGUCCAAACCUAUGCUUGAAAAAAGGCAGUUGUAGUGCCCUGGCCUCUGUCAUAGAACCCUCUUUGCUUGGCUUUGUCCCACCAUAAGAGCCUGGGCAGUAGGUUGGAUGUUGGAGGAAUGCCUCCCAUAUCGGGUGACCCAUUGCCCCACAGCCUCUGCUCCUCGCCUAGCUUGCAGCGAGGGAGUGCUCCUGGCGGGUGCUGUAUCCCGUGUCACAAAAGCACCUUUCUACACAACAGGGGUACAGAGAAUGGGCCACAGCACAGUGGUUCUCCUUGGGGCUGCUCCAGCCCACCAUAGUUGGAUUUCAGACCUCCCCCUAUGCUUCCAGCAAACACCCUCAUUGGUGGGGAUGUUCUUUCGCCCAAGCCUGGCAGAGAUAUCAGAGAGACCUGGAGCUCCUGGUGCUGCCUCCAAGCGACCGCUAGAGAGGAUAAAUGACCAUACCACUUAUGCAUAACUGGAUCCCAGUCAACCAUGAGGAUUAUCUCCUGUCAGUUGACCCUCGUGGCUGUAGUUGUGGUUACACUCACUGUAGUGUCCUGCGCUGAAGCUAAGACUACACAGAAACCAAAGUACCAGUAUACCAAGAAGCCCGUCCCUCAGAUCACUGUGCACAGCCCUGUGACCACCAGCAUGCCCAAGACUCUCAAGACAGUGCCGAGCACAAAUCCUGUGGAGCCCCAUCCGCUGCCCACCACAGAGAGGACCACCUAUCCAAGUCACAUCUUAUCACAGUACUACACAGAGAGCACUGAGUCCCCUGGUGUUGGCCCUGAGAACUACACCCUGGAUUACAACGAGUGCUACUUCAAUUUCUGUGAGUGCUGUCCACCUGAGAGAGGCCCCAGGGGGCCAAAGGGAGACAGAGGCCUGCCAGGGCUGCCAGGUGAAAGAGGCCUUACAGGAGCAGCUGGUUUAUCUGGACCACCAGGAGUGAAUGGUCCUAUGGGGUUAAGAGGAGACAAAGGGGAAAAAGGUGACAGAGGAAACAGUGGGACAGGCGGGCCACCAGGAGUCCCAGGGAAACCUGGACAAAAAGGUGAUGUUGGCUCAAAAGGUGAGAAAGGUGAUAUGGGAUUGCAAGGUGUCAAAGGUGGUAGUGGGGAAAAGGGGGAACCUGGACAGAAUGGGACUGCUGGUGAGAAAGGAGAACCGGGAAAAGAGGGGCCAGCAGGACCUACAGGAGUGGCUGUGGAGCCAGGUGCUAAGGGAGACAAGGGGGAUAAGGGGGAAUGUGGCACAUUCGGGGAAAGAGGACAGAAAGGUGAGCGAGGGGAUUCUGGGCCUCCUGGCAUCCCAGGAGUGAUGGGCAUUCCAGGAAUGAACGGCAAGCAUGGUUCCCCUGGUCCUGUAGGCGUCCGAGGGGAUCAGGGACCUCCUGGACCACAAGGAGAGCCAGGGGUUAGAGGAUCUCAGGGACCACAAGGCAUAAGAGGCAUGCUUGGGCCAAAAGGGGACAGAGGUUACCCUGGGAUGAGAGGUGAGCGGGGCAUCCGUGGAUUCAAAGGAGCCAAGGGAUCAGGGGUUCCCCAGAAACGCUCAGCCUUCAGUGUAGGUAUCUCUCCAAGAAAGUCCUUCCCUCCUUCUGGCUUCCCUAUACGCUUCGACAAAGUCUUCUACAAUGAAGAGAACCACUUCAAUGUCUCUUCCAACAGCUUCACAUGCGUCCAUCCUGGGGUUUACGUCUUCUCGUUCCACAUCACUGUACGCAAUCAGCCACUGCGAGCCACACUGGUAGUGAACGGGUCACGGCGGGUAAGGACACGGGACUCUCUUUACGGUCAAGACAUCGACCAGGCGUCCACUCUGGUGGUGCUGCGGCUGGCAGUGGGUGAUCAAGUGUGGAUGGAGACACUCAGAGACUGGAAUGGGGCAUAUGCCAGCAGUGAGGAUGAUAGCAUCUUCUCUGGAUUUCUGCUUUACUCAGACAAGGCCUGAUACUCUACUGAAAAUAUCUUCUUCUACUGGACUGUACCACCAACUUGACCAUAUCUGGGAAAAGGCCAAAUACUGGUGGUGCUACACUAUACUCAUUACUUAUGAACUGCUUGAAAGUUGUACUGCACACUAUUAAACUUAAAAUGU